CAAAACUAGUUAGUAAAGCAAAGGGGGUGUGAGCAGAUGAAGAGAUGGUGUAAGCAUCAAUAAAAUUUGUGAAUUGAAUCGUAUGAAGUGUUGUUUACCCGGCUGCCCCGCCCCGCCCCGCCGCCGUGUGGCAAACUAACUAACCAACCACCCUCUGCUGCUGUACUGUGGCGGCCGCUGAAUUGAAUAAUGAGUAAAUUCAUCCGUCUAGCUCGGAAUAUUUUCUCUUCUCCAGCCUUACUUCCCCAUCCUUUCAAACACCUUCGUUUCGCUCCUCAACCGCCCUUAACUGCUGCUAAUUAUUUCCAUUCAGUUUCAGUUGUUGUCCCCAACACUGAAACCCAACAAACUAAUUCCACAAACUCUGCAAAGUCACCAUCAACUCAGUUUCAGUUAAGAGUAAGGAAGAAGGCCCAGUCUCGCCGCAACUCCGCAUUCACAAAUACUAAUAACAAUACAGCCGUCGAGCUUGCAUUCAAUUCUGUUGUCAAAAUCUUCACCGUUUCAUGCAGUCCUAACUACUUACUUCCUUGGCAGAACAAGUCCCAGCGAGAAUCUAUGGGCUCAGGGUUUGUAAUUCUGGGGAGAAAGAUUCUUACAAAUGCUCAUGUUGUAGCUGAUCAUUCAUUUGUACUUGUAAGGAAACAUGGAUCUCCAAACAAGUACAGAGCACAAGUUAAAGCUGUUGGUCAUGAGUGUGACUUAGCUUUGUUAAUUGUCGACUCGGAUGAAUUUUGGGAUGGAAUGAUUCCUUUGGAGUUUGGAGAUAUUCCGUUUCUGCAACAAGCGGUUGCUGUUGUAGGGUAUCCUCAAGGUGGUGAUACCAUUUCUGUUACUAAAGGGGUUGUUUCUAGGGUUGAACCAACACAGUAUGUACACGGUGCGUCACAACUUAUGGCGAUACAGAUUGAUGCAGCCAUAAAUCCAGGGAAUAGUGGUGGUCCUGCUAUUAUGGGCAAGAGAGUUGCUGGUGUAGCAUUCCAAAAUCUUUCUGGUGCCGAGAAUAUAGGUUACAUAAUACCUGUACCUGUAAUAAAGCAUUUUAUAUCUGGUGUAGAAGAAAAUGGAAAAUACAUUGGAUUUUGCUCACUGGGUUUGUCGUGCCAGACUACUGAAAAUGUGCAUCUCAGAAACCAUUUUGGUAUGCAACCUGGCAUGACUGGGGUCCUUGUAAACAAAAUAAACCCACUUUCAGAUGCAUACAAGGUUUUGAAGAAAGAUGAUAUUAUACUUUCAUUUGAUGGGGUGCCUAUAGCAAAUGAUGGUACAGUCCCUUUCAGAAACAGAGAACGGAUAACAUUUGAUCACUUGGUGUCUAUGAAGAAGCUUAAUGAAAAAGCAGUAGUCAGAGUUUUGCGCGACAGCCAAGAAAUUGAACUCAGUAUUACUCUACAACCUAUUCAACCAUUAGUUCCAGUUCAUCAGUUCGAUAAACUUCCAAGUUAUUACAUUUUUGCUGGUCUGGUAUUUGUUCCACUCACUCAGCCAUACCUUCAUGAGUAUGGGGAGGACUGGUAUAAUGCUUCACCUCGUCGUUUGUGUGAACGGGCAUUGAGAGAAUUGCCCAAGAAAGAAAAUCAACAACUUGUUAUUUUAUCACAGGUCCUGAUGGAUGAUAUCAAUGCUGGAUAUGAGCGUCUUGCAGACUUACAGGUUUUGAAGGUUAAUGGAACAGAAAUUGACAAUCUGGAACACUUACGCGAACUUGUUGAAAACUGUAACACAGACAGCUUGCAUUUUGAUUUGGACGACAAUAGGGUCAUUGUCUUGAACUGUGAAGCAGCAAAAAUUGCCACUUCUAGAAUUUUGAAGCGCCACAGAAUACCUUCAUCAAUGUCAGCUGAUCUUAUAAAUGCACAGAAUAACUCACAACUAGCAGUGCCCAGCUCAUGUUGAGAUUGUAGUGAUUCUUUCCUGCUUAUUUAUGCAAAUUUUUGUGACCGAGCUUGAUUAUUUUUCUCGGAAUUGUAAAAAUUUUGUUACUGAAUUUGAGUCCACAAUAAUCUCUUUGCAUUCAUCACUGAAGUUACUAUGUAAGGUUAGGCACUCAUGACAGGCCUCACAGUGUAAUUUGAAAAACAGAUGAUGAUUAUGAAACAGAAAGUUAUGACUAGUGCAAAUAUAUUGAUAACCUCUUUGUCCACCAAUAUAUUGAAAUCUGCAUUACUUUCAAUUUAUUUUGCAAAAAUGAAAAGAGAAAAAUAGUCUUUAGCCUAAGAAACAAGUUAUUUUCCCUUUUUUUAAAAUCUUGACAUACGACCCAAGGCCAACUAAUCCAAAAAGACUAAUCCCACCGUCCACUGACGGGGGCUCGUUUAAAGUCAGAUGAUGGCUUAACACAACGAUUGUUAGCAUAAGGGAUUUGAACUUGAGAUCUGGACCAACUCAAAGAUUAUUUGCACCUAGCCGAAUUCGAACAUUAGACAUAGAGAGUGAUUGUGAAACUGAACUUACUCAUGACAGGUCUGACAAAUGUUAUUUGAAAAACAGUACUCACUCAUGACAGGUCUGACAAUGUUAUAUGAAAAUCAGAUCAUGAUUAUGAAACAGAAAGUUAUGACUGUUGCAAAUAUAUUGAUAAAUAACCUCUUUGUCCUCCAAUAUAUUGAAAUCAGCAUUACUUACCAUUUAUUUUGCAAAAAUG